AUGGAGGGCUGCUGGACCGAGACCAUCAGCCUGGAGCAGAGCUCCUUGUUCCCAACGCUGCUGCAGCUCUCCACCGAAGAGAUUAUUGCUAUUUGGGACGCCGUGUCCAAUUACAUCCUGGAAGAGCUGAUGCAGGACAAGUGCCCCUUGCACGUCAGCAGCAGAGAGGGCACAGAGCAGCGUUCCCACGCUCCGACAAACAGCACUUUUUCCCUCGCCAAAAGCCUUCCUGGUGGGCCUUUGUGUCUUUGCUGUGUGCAGGGUGUGCUGCUAGCGGGGCUCGGCACCUUCUGCACGGUCCGGGAGCCACUGCGCCCUGGCAAAGACAACGUGGUGACAGUUCGAAGGCCUGUGUUCCAGCUGGAAAUGGACAUGGUCUGGCUGCAGAGGCUCCAGCGUCCCAAAGUGACUCUGCCUGACAACGUGAAGAUCAAGCCGCUGAAGUACCGGCAGCUGUCCCUGGCCACCUCCUUCUCGAGGCGCGUGGUGGAAGACUGCGUGCAAGAGACCAUCCGCUUGUUCUCUGCGCACGUGCGCAACAAAGAGAAGGUCGCCUUUGCCUUCAGGGACGUCGGCGUUCUGACUUGCCAGGAAGACAAAGUGCACAUGAGCUUUUAUGCCCGCUGCACCCGGUGGCUGGCGGACCCCUGCAGUAAAGCCUGGCAGUGUUAUCAGCCGAGCUCUGUUCUUUGCUGUGCAGCUUCUCCGCACCGGCAUGAGGGGCUAAUGUUCUCGGCAGAGAGCUUAGAGGAGGCUUUGGAGAGGCGGCCUCCUCUUGUGGCAGGAGAAUGCUCUGCUGCCUUCAGCAGCAAGGCGAGAGCUGCCUUGGAAGCCUCCCAAUGGGUCUGUGUUACAUUGCAGAGACUGCCUACGAUAGAUCUCUCCAUCUCCGGCACACCUGCUGCCCUGGGGACCCGGCCUAGCCCUCUGCAUGUGUUCCCGAGGUUUCAGCUCGCUGUGCAAGGCAGCGUAGAGGCCCAGGCUGCCCCCGCCGGCUGCCCACAGGAGAAGGAGCAGGAGCUGGAAGAAGAGCUUGGGGCCGUCAGGAGCAGCAAAGAGAGGCGUCCUGGCAAGCUCCUGCCGCACCGCGAGGAGCUUUCUCUCCCCGUGCUGCCAAAGUGGGGGGAAGGCGCGAGGCAGCAAGGCAUGGAGAGCAAGCCUGCUGCCAGGACCCUUGUGAACCAGACGGCCCCCAUCCCGGGCACCUCCCCGGGGAAGCAGGUUGGCGUGCAAUACCUCCCGCACCCUCCCGCCGGACCUCAGCGUGGCCGUGCCGGCGCCACUCCCAGGGGUGCAGCACAGGAUGCAGCCUGCCCUCCCACGCAGAGGUUUGGAAGAGCUGCCCACGUCUCCCUCUUGAAAGAGGAGCAGAGGCAGCACCAAGCAUCGUGGGAGGAACAGCAGGCCGCACUGGAGAAAGAGGCCCGGCGUCAGGCCCAGAUCACACUAGUGGAGCUGCAAUACGCCCUCGAGCAGCGUCGUCGCCCAGACACUGACAUGCCGGGGAGGCCCCCCCAACGGCAAGCGUCCGCGCAAGCAAAGCAGAACAUGCAGCUUCUGACUUCCUACAAAGUUCUUCGGGACAGGUGGAAGGAAAGGGUGGAACGAAACCAACGGAGGCUGAUGGUGGAGGAGGAGUGGCGCCGCGCUUUGGUGAUGCGCCACCUCCAGAAGAGAGAGCAGCAGGACCGUGUGCCGGGCAGUUACCACCAAGAUGGCUUUUAUGCGUGGAAAUAAAGGGCCUUUCCGA